AAAAAAAAGUACAGAACAUCUUUCAGCAAGGUGCAGCUGGAAAAGUUGGAGUCCUGUUUUGAGAAUGCAAAAUAUCUGACGGUGCACGACAGGGUCGUCCUGUCGAGAAACCUUAAAUUGACGGACAAUCAGAUCAAGACCUGGUACCAAAACAGAAGGUUGGCGCGCGCAAUAACAUUGUUUUGA